AUGGCAGACAGUGGCCGAAUGAAGCAUGGGAACCCCGGAGCAGAGAGCCCCAGUGCGAGCCCUAGCUCCGGCAGGAAAAAAGCACAACAAUCGCCCGGUUCCCGGACGAGGUAUCAAGUCAGCGCUCCAGGACACUGUUUUCGGAGAGUGACUUUAACCAAGCCAACGUUCUGCCAUCACUGCAGUGAUUUUAUAUGGGGGCUUAUAGGAUUCUUAUGCGAAGUGUGUAACUUCAUGUCCCAUGAGAAAUGUCUGAAGCACGUGAAGACAGUGUGCUCCUCAAUGGCCCCUACGCUGGUCCGGGUCCCUGUAGCUCACUGCUUCGCUCCAGCUGGUCAUAAAAAGCGUUUCUGCUGUGUGUGUCGGAAGCAUUUGGAGGGCAGCACCGCCCUGCGUUGUGAGGUGUGUGAGCUGCAUGUACACAGCGACUGCGCUCAGUUCAGCUGCAGCGACUGCCGGCUGUGCCAUCAGGACGGAGACCAGGACUAUGAUACAUUCCAUCAUCACUGGCGGGAGGGGAACAUGUCCUCUGGGGCCCGGUGCGAGGUGUGUCGACGCACCUGCAGUUCCUCGGACGUGCUGUCAGGCAUGCGCUGCGAGUGGUGCGGACUCACGGCGCACGCCUCCUGUUAUGUAAUUGUUCCCCCCGAGUGCAGCUUCGGACGACUUCGGAACAUGAUCCUUCAUCCCGCCUGCGUGCGCAUCUGCUCGCGAAACUUCAGCAAGAUGCACUGCUACCGCAUCUCAGAAAACUCCCAGAGCGAGCUGGACAGUCUGGAUGAUGUUGAUACCCAGACUCCUGUAACGACAAAGGAGAACCAGCCCGCAACAUCACCUGAUACAGGGAAGCAGAUCCUUAAAGUGUUUGAUGGAGACGACGCGGUCAAGCGCAACCAGUUUCGCCUGGUCUCUAUUCCUCGAAUCACCAAGAACGAGGAAGUAGUGGAGGCAGCUCUGAGGGCCUUCUACAUCCCAGACGAGCCUCAGGACUACGAGCUCCAGACGUACGGCCAACACACCCUGCUCACCGAUGACAUCAUCAACCGUAACGGCGCCCCCGACAACAAGUCGGUCUUCAAGGACGGGGUGCCGGAGGCGUGGCUCCUGAGGGCCAAACCCAAAGAAUCAGAGGUUCUGAAGAUUUACGCGGGCUGGCUCAAGCUGGGUGUGGCUUACAUCUCCAUCUCUGUCGGGAAGAGCAGUACAGUAGACUCCGUCAUUAAAGAAGUUCUCACUCAGCUGGGCAAACAGGAUGAAAACGCGGCUGACUAUAACCUUGUGGAGGUCCUCAUGAACAGCAAACAAGUUCAGCGGCAAGUACUGACUGGUCAAGAACUUGUGCUGGACAAACUGCAGGAGAUAAGAAAGAUUUCCCUGAAGCAGAUGAAUCAGACUCGAUUCUACAUAGUGGAGAAUAAGAACAGGGUGGUCCAGGUGAAUCUGCUGGUGGGAGGGCUACCCGUGGAUUUAAGUAAAGACGGGUACACGGAGCUGCUACAGGAGCACCUGGCCAUCAAAAGUCACCUGGUCACCAUCACUCACGUGUAUGCUGGUCAAGGUGCUGUGGUUCUGCAGAUCACCUGUUUUUCCGAGGCAGAAAGGAUCUAUAUGCUGGCCAAAGACUCCACCAUCCAUGGCAAACAGCUCAGCUCACUGGUUAUUCCAGAAAUCUUGCAUGAUAAGAUUGCCAAAGGCUGUUCCCCAUUGCUGGUCUUUGUUAACCCUAAAAGCGGAGGACUGAAAGGCAGAGAGAUUCUGUACAGUUUCCGGAAGCUUCUGAACCCACACCAAGUCUUUGAGCUCACCAGUGGAGGGCCGCUGCCUGGUCUGCACACAUUCAGAGAUGUCAAACAUUUCCGUAUCCUGGUGUGUGGUGGGGAUGGUACCAUAGGCUGGGUCCUGGGGGUCCUAGAAGCCAUCCGACACAAACUGGCCUGUCCAGAACCAGCCAUCAGCGUGGUACCUCUGGGCACAGGCAAUGACCUGGCCCGCGUGCUGCGCUGGGGGGCAGGCUACAGUGGAGAGGAUCCCUUCAGCAUCCUCGUCUCAGUGGAUGAAGCAGAGGAAGUUCUGAUGGACCGCUGGACCAUACUGCUGGACGCGCAGGAGAUGACAGAGGACGGAAAAGAGAACGGCUUUCUAGAACCUCCCAAGAUAGUACAGAUGAAUAACUACUUUGGACUGGGCAUUGACGCUGAACUCAGUCUGGACUUCCACCACGCACGAGAAGAAGAACCUGACAAAUUCAACAGCAGGUUCCACAACAAGGGUGUGUAUGUGAAGGUGGGUCUGCAGAAACUGAGUCACACACGUAAUCUACACAAAGACCUGAAACUACAAGUUGACAAACAGGACGUGGAACUCCCCAGUAUAGAAGGCCUGAUCUUUCUUAAUAUUCCAAGCUGGGGUUCUGGUGCUGACCUGUGGGGUUCGGAUAAUGACUCGCGUUACGGGAAGCCUCGUAUAGACGACGGUUUGCUGGAAGUGGUAGGAGUGACGGGGGUUGUGCAUAUGGGUCAGGUCCAGAGUGGACUCCGGUCUGGCAUUCGGAUCGCUCAGGGGAACUACAUCCGUAUUAUACUGACUAAGCCCAUCCCAGUGCAGGUAGACGGAGAGCCCUGGAUCCAAGCGCCCGGUCAGAUCAUCAUCUCUGCCGCUGGACCGAAGGUGCGGAUGCUGAGGAAGUCCAAGAGCAAACAGAAGAAGCAGUCUGGGAGUCUGAAGGAGGGGCGUUCCGAAAGUCCCGCCCCCAGCGAAGGAAGUCACUGACGCUCGUGCGGCUCUCAGUAUUACCAUGGCACCACCUCCUCACCGACCACAUCCAGCUCACCACGCAGGGCCGGAGGCUGGAUCUCUGAAGUCAGCUCGUCCCUGGAUGGUUCUCAAAGCUUUUGCUGAUGAGAGUUCCUGUUAGACCGAAGAGGAGAUGGGGUAUUUCUGGUCUGACAUGUUAAGCAACUUUGAGAUUUUUUGGAUUCUGUAACAGCCUUCAGGCCAUUACACAUUUUUUGUUUAAUGUGAGUUCAUGAUCCAAGUAUUGUGACUGCCUA